AUGAAGGAGUGGAGUAAGAAAUACAACACCCCUAUCAUUUACCUUGAAGUUUUAGGAACUCGAAUGAUCGUCGUUAAUAGGCGGAAGGAAGCAGAAGAUCUUUUUGAAAGUCCCACAAGAGCGAAAGUGUACGCUGAUAGGCCUUAUUUUCCUGUUGUCCCGCUAAUGGAUUGCGAAUAUAAUGUGUCGAUCAUGCCUUACGGAGAAGGUUGGAGGCAGCACAGAAAAAUUUGCCAAAACUAUUUUAAUAGACACGCGGCUCAAGAGUACGAGCCUGUCCAAACUGCGAAAAUUCAACAACUUCUGCGAGGACUAUUAGAAAAACCAGAGGAAUUUGAAAAGCACAACAAAAUGUUCUCGGUUUCUCUCACAAUGGCCAUGAUGUUCGGGUAUGAUGUGAAGUCUCUCGAUGAUCCAUGCAUUUCUGCGGCAGAUCGGGCGCUUACAAUCGGUGCCCGGGUGAAUGGCCCAGGCGGAAGCAUUAUUAACGUCAUACCAGCAUUUCGAUAUAUACCGAAAUGGUUUCCCGGCGCCCCAUCUUGGAAACAGAUUGACGAAGUUCGUAAGCUAACAGCUGAAAUGAAGAGAAUACCAAUGGAAUUCGUAAAAGCCAGCUUUGACAACGGAACCGUUACGCCCUCCUUGGUAACAAACUUCUAUGAACGAAAGUAUACGAUAGGCGCUUCUAUCGAAGAAGAAGAGAUUAUUAAAAAUGUCGCAUACACUGUGUAUGGUGCUGCAUCCGACACCACUAUUUCGUCAACAGGAACAUUCUUUUAUGCAAUGGUGGCCAAUCCUGAUGUGCAGAGAAAAGCUCACCAUGAAAUUGAUCAGGUUAUUGGGUCCAAACGUCUCCCGACAUUGGCGGAUCGAGACUCACUACCCUACAUUGAGGCUAUUUAUCGAGAGGUAAUGCGACUCAAUCAACCAAUCCCAUUUUCUGUACCACAUUGCCUAUCGGAGGAUGAUCAUUACCAAGGAUAUUUUAUACACAAAGGCACGCUAGUUUUUCCAAACUUAUGGGCGAUGGCACACGACGAAGAGGUUUAUCCAGAGCCGUUUGCAUUCAAGCCAGAAAGAUUUUUUGACCAAGAGGGCAGUCUUAAUACAAAUGACAGAGUGUUGGCGUACGGUUUCGGACGCCGGGCUUGCGUUGGGAAACAUGUUGCAAGUUCAACCAUGUGGUUGCUGAUAGCAUCCGUUCUUGCUUGUUACGAGAUUGUUCAAGCCAAGGAUGAAAAUGGCAAUGACAUCGAAAUAGACCACGGUUUUGAAGAGGAAGGACUGUUGAGCCACAAGCGUAAAUUCGAUUGCUCAUUUGUUGUUCGGUCCAUCGCUGCUCAAAAACUGAUUGAUGAGACCAAUUGA